AACCUGAAAACUAUUUCUCUUAAUUUAUUGCGUCCACCUUUCAGUUGGUCUAGCAUUAUUUCGCCAACUCCCAACCGCCCGCCCUUCUUGCUCCUCCAUCCCAAUACACAAGCAGUAGUCGUAGUCUUCUCUCUUUCUCUUCUGCCUUCUUCUUCGAUGGCUUCGGCUGUGUUCAGGGCAACUGACUACUCGCCCAUUCGCUCGACGCUAGCCCUAGCUCUCUGGCUCGGCGGCAUUUACUUCAACGCCUUCCUCGCCAUCGCUUCGCUCCUUCUUCUUCCCUUCCGCUACGCCGCUGUAGUCUUAGCGCUGCAGUUGUUGUUCUUGGUGAUACCCCUCAAUCAUAAGAGCAAAUGGGGACGAAAUUUGUCGAGAUUUAUCUGCAAAUAUGCACUUGGGUAUUUUCCUGUGACUAUCCAUGUGGAGGACACGAGUGAUUUUGAUCCAAACCAAGCAUAUGUCUUCGGCUAUGAGCCUCAUUCAGUAAUGGCGAUUGGCUUUUGUGCUUUUUCCCAAGAUGCUCGUUUAUUUCCACUUCCAAAGAUUAAGGUUCUUGCCGGCAGUUCUCUGUUCUAUAUACCAUUUUUAAGGCAAAUAUGGACGUGGUUGGGUAUGAUUCCAGCCUCAAGGAAGAAUUUUUGCAAGUCUUUGGGAGCUGGGUACAGCUGCCUAAUUGUACCCGGUGGUGUGCGGGAGAUUCUUUACAUGGAUUCUGAUUCUGAGGUUGCUUUCCUUAAAGCAAGGAAAGGAUUUAUAAGGAUAGCAAUGGAGACCGGUCGACCUCUCGUUCCUGUUUUCUGUUUUGGCCAGUCUAAAGUCUAUAAGUGGCGGAAGCUGAGUGGCAAAUUAUUUAACCAGAUUGCCCGGGUAGUCAUGUUUGCUCCAAUCAUCUUCUGGGGAAGAUUUGGGUCACCCAUCCCAUUUAGAGAACCAAUGGACAUUGUGGUGGGAAGACCCAUCGAGGUUAAGAAAAAUCCACAACCCUCCGUCGAUGAGAUAAAUGAAGUGCAAGAACAGUUUAUUUCGGCCAUGGAAGAUCUCUUUGAGAGGAACAAAGCUAAAGUUGGAUACCCAAACCUUAAGCUGAGAGUUCUCUGAAUUAUCAGCGCUGCAACAAUGUCAUGAGCAAAUUAUGGCAACUUGUUUUAGUUUACUUGGUAAAAUUUCAAGAGAAUGUGUUGGUAUUCACAAAUAUCAUCUCACGUCUGUUCUGCAAACAAUCAGACUUCAAUUACUCUGUAUGAAUUUGAACCCUGAUAAUGAGUUUCUCUACAUAUAUUCCUAAUUCUUAAUUUCAUA